CGUUUUAGGACUGCUUUCAGACUGUAUUCUUACUGGUUCUGAACAUUUUUUUAGACUAGUUUAGGUUUGGUUUUGGUCCUGCUUUUAGGACUGGUUUAGGACUGUCCUGGGCGGAUCUUUUUUAACCCUAAGUACCCCAAACCUACCAUCCAGCAUGGUGGUGGCAGUAUCAUGCUCAGUGGAGCUGGAGCUUUCCACAAAGUAAAUGGAAUAAUGAAGAAGGAGGAUUAAAACCUAAAACCAUCAGCAGAAGGUUGAUCUUGGACACAGUUGGAUGUUUCAACAAGACGAUGAGCCCAAACACACAUCAGACGUGGUAAAGAAAUGCUUCCAUCAGACUAGAAUGAAGGUUCCAGACUGGUCUCCCCAAAGUCCUGACUUAGACCCAUCAAGAACCUGUGGACUGAUGAAGAAACAACAAAUUUAGUUGAACUCAACCAAUUCUGGUGCAGUUCAACUAAAUUUGUCGUCUUUCUGACUCAUACUUGAGUCAGUAAAAUUAAUAAUAUAAUGAUACAUGUUAUGUAUUUUGAUUCUGCGUGGCCUCCGUAGGAGGAACCCGAAAGGGGUUGUGGGUAAUCUUCUGUCUCGUCGGUUGUUGUUAGUUGGCUAUGCAAGCUGAGCCUGUUCUGCUGCUGCAGAAUAAAAAGUUAAUGUGACGUCGUAGUCCGAGUUAUAUGUGUAUUCACUGUAGCAGUUGAGACAUAACAAAAGUGGCGACGAGGACGUCUGAACCAGCGCACGUUGUCCACGGCGAACGAAGCAGUUUGUUUCUCCCUUCCCGACGGUGGUUCGCUCGGAUCCAGGUGAUAGACGGAGCCGCUACACGGAGCGAGUGUGCUCGCGACGGCUAUUCCGGCGCAGACAGCUAAGAGGGAAGGAGCGGAGGACAGCUGACAGUUUUAAGAAGUCGUGCUGUGAGUAGCGCGGUGAAUUUUGAAGAAAGAGUAUCGAAAGGAGCCUCCUGUGGAGGGAAACAGCGCCACAUAACCAGGAGCUUAAAAUGGCUGGAGUUAUCGGCUCAAUUGGACCUUUCGACGAGUGCAUAGAGCAAUGGAGCUCCUACACUGAGCGGUUUGACUACUUCGUCGUGGCUAAUGGAAUAAGUGAUGACAAGAUAGUGCCCACUUUUUUUUAAGUGUGAUUGGCCCAAAGACUUUUAAUUUGCUACGUACCCUGCUACAGCCAGUAAAACCAGGCAACAAAUCAUACAAGGAAAUUGUGGACAUAUUGACAGGACAUUUUUCACCCAAGCCUUUGGUGAUUGCAGAAAGAUUCAGAUUUCACAAACGCAACCAAGAUGAGGCUCCGUGAUGAUCUCUGCUGGCUGACGAUCCAUCAUGUCGACUUCAGACUCUGACUUUUCCAUCGACUGGUUCGCCAGCGACGAGGACGAAUACGACGACGAGCUGAAGACACCAAGUCCAGAAACAGACGAGCUGCUGCCUUCAUCAUCUUCAGGAUGCUGCUGCAGUUCUGCAGCUCAGAGGAGCAGUAAAGAUGGCGGCGUCAGUCUGGUUCAGGGAUUUACCUCCGUCUGUUCUCAGCUUCCUGUGGAGGCGACUCAUCGUCCGGACAGGAAGAGGAAACAUGGUGAGGAAUCGGACGAUCGCAGCGACACUGACAGCGAACUUUUCUUCCACAAGUGUUUGGAGCUUCAGAGCUACGUCCAGCCGCUGAACUCCAUCCUGCAGAACCUCCGAUCAGGACGAUACUCACAACGUCUGAGCAGCUUCCAGGAGAGCGUCGCCGUCGACCGGAUCCAGAGAAUCCUGGGGGUCCUACAGAACCCCAACAUGGGAGGACGUUUCCUCGGCAUCGUUCUGAAGAUAGAAGAAAUGCUGCAAAACUGGUUUCCUCACAUCAAACCCAACCAGACGGACGACGGGUUUGCAGCGAAAAAACUACAAGUAAAUCUGAUGAAAAUCGUCUCGAUGUUAAAAAAUAUCUUAGCAUAGUAUGUCUUAAAAAUGUCAUAGUAUAGAAUGCUGUAAAAAGUUUAGUGUUCCCAGAUAGCUCAACAGGUUGAGUGGGUGACCCAAGAUCAGGGCCAACACAGCGGCCUGGGUUUGAUUCCAGCUCACGGCCCUGUAUUGCAGGUCUACCCACCAUUCUUCUUCUUAGUUUCCUGUCUGCCUCUUCACUAACCUAUCAAACAAAACCAAACGGCCACAAAAAUUCCCUAAAAAAAUGUCAUAGUAUGUCAUAAAAAAAUGUAAAAUGUCAUAGUAUAGUAUGUCAUAAAAUGUCAAAAAAUGUCAUAGUACAGUAUGUCGUAAAAAUGUCAAAAAAUGUCAUAGCAUGUCGUCCAAAAUGUGGCAAAAAUGUCAUACUUUAGUAUGUCGUCCAAAAUGUGGCAAAAAUGUCAUAGUUUAGUAUGUCGUCCAAAAUGUGGCAAAAAUGUCAUACUUUAGUAUGUCGUCCAAAAUGUGGCAAAAAUGUCAUAGUUUAGUAUGUCGUCCAAAAUGUGGCAAAAAUGUCAUAGUUUAGUAUGUCGUCCAAAAUGUGACGAAAAUGUCAUAGUAUAGUAUGUCGUGCAAAAUUUGACAAAAAUGUCAUAGUUUAGUAUGUCGUCCAAAAUGUGACGAAAACGUCAUAGUACAGUAUGUCGUAAAAAUGUCAAAAAACGUCAUAGUUUAGUGUGUCGUCCAAAAGGUGACCAAAACGUCAUAGUUUAGUAUGUCGUCCAAAAUUGGACAAAAACGUCAUAGUAUGUCGUGUAAAAUGUGACAAAAAUGUCAUAGUUUAUUAUGUCGUCCAAAACGUGACUAAAACGUCAUAGUAUGUCGUGCAAAAUGUGACAAUUGUCAUAGUUUAUUAUGUCGUUCAAAAUGUGACAAAAACGUCAUAGUAUAGUAUGUCGUCCAAAUUGUGGCAAAAACGUCAUAGUAUAGUAUGUCGUCCAAAAUGUGAUAAAAACGUUAUAGUACAGUAUGUCGUCCAAAAUGUCACAAAAAUGUAACAGUAUAGUAUGUCGUCCAAAAUGUCACAAAAACAUAGUAUAGUAUGUGUUCCAAAAUGUCGCAAAAAUGUCAUAGUAUAGUAUGUCGUCCAACAUGUCACAAAAAUGUCAUAGUAUAGUAUGUCGUCCAAAAUGUGACAAAAACGUCAUAGGUUAGUAUGUCGUCCAAAAUUUAACUAAAACGUCAUAGGUUAGUAUGUCGUCCAAAAUUUAACUAAAACGUCAUAGGUUAGUAUGUCAUCCAAAACGUGACAAAAACGUCAUAGUUUAGUAUGUCGUCCAAAAUGUGACAAAAACGUCAUAGUAUCGCAUGUCGUCCAAAUUGUGGCAAAAACGUAAUAGUAUAGUAUGUCGUUCAAAAUGUGACAAAAACGUCAUAGGUUAGUAUGUCGUCCAAAACGUGACAAAAACGUCAUAGUUUAGCAUGUCGUUCAAAUUGUGGCAAAAACGUCAUAGUAUAGUAUGUCGUCCAAAAUGUCACAAAAAUGUCAGAGUACAGUAUGUCGUCCAAAAUGUGACA